AUGAGAGGAACCACGGACACAGACACCAGUGUGGAGCCUCCCACUGCUGCCGGCGGUCGGCUGGGCACAGGUGCGGGGGGUUCGCCGUUCUACCGUGAGCUGUGGUUCAUUGUGCUGAUGGCUGGAGUCGUGCUAUUGCUGCUGGCUCUCAUUCUGGCUAUAGUUUUACAGAAGGCUCUCAAUAAACCGCCGUUCACCCGAGAACGGCCGCCCCUCGUAUCAGUGCCGCUCCAGCACCGCAGCCCGCUGGCCGUUUACCCACCCAGCAACUCCUACCUGUUCGACACGGUUCCAGAAACGGUGGGAUCUCCGAACAGCGUCACACUGAAGGCCUUCACCAUGCACAUGGAGGAGGUGAUUGAGAGUAAAGUGAUGGAGGAGGAUCGUUCUGCUGAAGGUGAGGAUGGUUUGGUGACGGUCUCAGGUCUGUACACACAAAACCCUUUACAGCGCAGUGUCAGCCAGCUCAUCGACAAGAAAGACGAGGAAUCAUGGGAGCCGCACUUCAGACGCCUCGACAGCGGCCUGUUUGAAGGUGAGGAGUUUGUGGACACCAUCAAAGGCUUCAGCACAGUCAGGAAGGAACACACCAUGUUCACCGACACCAACCUUUGACCCUCAUCUCACACCAUCAGCACUUUCUCCAAACAUCAUCUCAGAACUGAGCUGUUUUGGUGAAUUCAGAACCGCUCUGAGACUCUAUGGACUCGUACCUGUGAUACCGGCAGGAGGAAACCGGAUUAUA